UCGCUGUGGGCAGGUGGCAAAGCCCCCCUCACGCUGCAGGCUUCCCCCGCAGUGCCCCGGCGCCGGGCUGUUCCAGCUCAGCUCGUCCUGUCCUGUGCCGUGCAUGUCACGGCAGGGGGCGGGGCAGGAGCAGGACGUGAUGCGGCGGGGAGACGUGUUUGUCCUGCCCCGCCUCUUCUCCUGCCCCGGCGAGCCCUGGUGCGGGGUCCCGCUGCGCCCGGCCCGCCGGGGGAGCGCUGAGAGGUGCCCCUGGAGACCAGACACUGCUGACUCGCUGUGCACGAGUGUACAGAGAGUGAGAGCCCAGGCUCCAGGCCGGUGAGAUCCCUCCUGGGGAGAUGUGGUUGCUGCACUGGAGCCCGUAGCAGCCGUGGGCCUUCCCUUCCCGGCGGGAGCUGGAGGAGCAGGACCCAGGAGGUGUGCAGGCAGGGGCUGAGGGUGCAGAAGUCCCUCGUGUUGUCCAGACUGGAGCCAGUCCAGCACCAAGAGCUGUGGGGGCAGGACGCGAUGCAGGCCAUGCAGCCCCCUUGCGAGGCCGAGCUGCCCUCCGCAACCCCACAGCUGGCACCACGGGAUGAGCUACCCACCCCAGAGCCCUGGUGCCAGCUCUUGCAUGGCCUGCGUUACCGGGAAGCUGAGGGCCCAGGGAAGAUUUGCAGCCGCCUGCGGGAGCUGUGCCGGCGCUGGCUGGAGCCCCAGUGCCGCAGCAAGGAGCAGAUGCUGGAGCUGGUGGUGCUGGAGCAGUUCCUGGCCAUCCUGCCCCCGGAGAUGCGGAGCUGGGUGUGCGGGUGUCGCGUGGAGACCUGCGCCCAGGCCGUGGCCCUGCCUGACAGGUUUCAGCUGGGGCAGGCAGAGGACAAGAAGCUCCACAUGAGAGCAUUUGUUUGGUGCCAUCUGCAUCUCCACGUGUCGGGGGAUGUUCCCCACCAGAUCCCGGCUCCCCAGUCACACGUGUAUCUCGUCCCCAGGUCACCGUGCGUGUGGAGGUUGAGGAGGGGUCCUCAGACCAGAUGCAGCCCCCGGGAGCCCUGCCGGAGCCUGGUGAUUCCCAGGUGCAGCAGCCAAAGGCCCGUGGUGAGGACAGGCCUCUGGAGGAGGCAGGAGAGAGGGAAACGCCGGGGCCCAAGGACGAGCUGCCUCAUGUCACCAAAGAGGAGCCCCCGCCCAACCCAGAGCCAGAUCCCCGGGACAGGGGAGACCUGGGAGCUGUCAGCACUUGGAGGGUCCCCAGGCGGGUGCCUCGGACCAGGCCCUUCCCCAGGUGCCAGGACCCUGAGCAGAGCGGAUCAGCAGCCUCCCGAGGAAGGGCCUGUGAACCUGGAGCCACAGAGACCCUCCCCAGGGAGACGGGGACGGAGCAGCUCCCUGAUGCCUGGGCCGGGCCAGCUGCAAGAGGGGCAGGGCAGGCCGGCGGAGCAGGAGGAGAGCAUGGAGCUCCGGGAGGCGUUUGAGGAUGUGGCAGUGUAUUUCACAAGGGAGGAGUGGGAGCUGCUGGAAGAGGAAGACAAGGGGCUUUACCGGGACCAGAUGCUGAGGAACCACCAAGCCCUCCUUUCCCUGGCAGGAUAUCAAGGCCCUGCCCCUGACUUGAUCUGCCACAUCCAGCGAGGACAGGUGGAGCUCUGGGUCCAUGAUGAUGAGGACCGUGGGGAAAUGCGGAAGUCAGAGGAUCUGCUGCCAGGACAUGCCUGGUUGCUGAGCAGAACUGAGGAGCAGGCUCCUAAGGAAGGGCCUGGAAAGCUGGAGCCACCGUGGGCUUCCCUGGGGAGUAUGGGUGAGGUGGAUUCCCUGAGCCCAGCAACAGACCAAUGGCACAAGGGUCACGGGAUGCCCCCAAAGCAGGAGAAUGUAGCAGUGCACACGUUCCCAUCGCUCUUUGGGCAUUGGAGUAAAGAAGGGAAAGAAGCCAGAAAAAGGCCAAGGUCCAGGGAUGAAUAUGUCAUGCUGAGACACCUGAAGAGGCAAAAAGCAAAGGCGCACUGGAGAGAGACACUGCAUGCAAACGAAGACAGUGUGGGGGGCCUCAGAGGGAAGCAGGAGCUCACUACCAAUCCCAUGGGGAGAGGCCACCCCUGCCCUCAGUGCAGGAAAAGUUUUAGCAGACCCUCACUUCUGACUCUGCACCAGAUAAGGCAUGCUGGGGAGAAGCCCCAUGUACGUGCCACGUGUGGGAAGAGCUUCACCUGCCUCUCGACCCUGGCUGCUCACCACCAGAUCCAUUCUGGACAGCUUCCCCACUGCCUCACCAAAAGGAGGAAGAGGUUUGUGCUGCUCAAAACCCAGGAUGUGCACAGGAAGAAGCGUCAGUACUGCUGUGUCACAUGUGGUAAGACCUUCAUCCAUUUCUUCUCCCUGGUUCAGCACCGUCAGAUGCACUUGGGGAGGAAGACACACCGCUGCAAUAAGUGCAGGAAGAACUUCAUCAGCUGGCAAGGCCUGUCCCAGCACCGGUGUGUGUGGAGGAGGCAGCAGCCACACUGCUGCAGAAAGUGUGGGAAGAGCUUCAGGCAGCCCUCCAGCCUGGCCAGGCACAGGUGCAUGCACACACGGGAGGAGCGUCAUCCUUGCUCUGUGUGUGGGAAGAGCUUCAUCUCCUCUUCCAAGCUGGCCCAACACCAGGUUACCCACACAGGGGAGAAGCGACAUCAGUGCUCUACGUGUGGGAAGAACUUCACCCGCUCCUCCACCCUGGCCCAGCACCAGCGCAUCCACACAGGGGAGAAGCCAUAUCAGUGCUCUGAGUGUGGGAAGAGCUUCACCCAAUCCUCCCACUUGGCCCAGCACCAGCGCAUCCACACAGGGGAGAAACCAUAUCAGUGCUCUGAGUGUGGGAAGAGCUUUAGUUAUUCCUCCAAACUGGCCCAGCACCUGCGUGUCCACACAGGGGAGAAGCCAUAUCAGUGCUCUGAAUGUGGAAAGAGCUUCACUUGCUCCUCUGGCCUGGCCCAGCACCGGCACAUCCACACAAGGGAGGAGCCAUAUCAAUGCUCUGAGUGUGGGAAGAGCUUCAGUUAUUCCUCCAACCUGGCCCGGCACCAGCGUGUCCACACAGGGGAGAAGCUACAUCAGUGCUCUGAGUGUGGGAAUAGCUACAGUUAUUCCUCUGAGCUGGCCCGGCAUCAGCGCAUCCACACACGGGAGAAGCCAUAUCAUUGCUCUGUGUGUGGGAAGAGCUUCAAUUAUUCCUCCAUCCUGGCCAAUCACAAGCUCAUUCAUACGGGAGACAAAACAUAUCAACGCUCUGAGUGUGGGAAGAGCUAUAGUUGUUCCUCCAAGCUGACCCAGCACCAGCACAUCCACACAGGGGAGAAGCCAUAUCAGUGCUCUGAGUGUGGGAAGAGCUUCAGUUAUUCCUCCAACCUGGCCCGGCACCAGGUUGUCCACACAGGGGAGAAGCCAUUUCAGUGCUCUGAGUGUGGGGAGAGCUUCAUUUAUUCCUCCAACCUGGCCCGGCACCAGCGUGUCCACACAGGAGAGAAGCCAUAUCAGUGCUCUGAUUGUGGGGAGAGCUUCAGUUAUUCCUCCGAACUAGUACGGCACCAGCGCGUCCACACAGGGGAGAAGCCAUAUCAGUGCUCUGAGUGUGGGAAGAACUACAGUUAUUCCUCCGAGCUGGCCCGGCACCAGCGCGUCCACACAGGGGAAAAGCCAUAUCGGUGCUCUCAGUGUGGGAAGAACUACAGUUAUUCUUCCGAGCUGGCCCGGCACCGGCGCGUCCACACAGGGGAGAAACCAUAUCAGUGCUCCGAGUGUGGGAAGAGCUACAGGUAUUCGUCUGAGCUGGCCCGGCACCAGUGCGUCCACACAGGGGAGAAGCCAUAUCAGUGUUUUGAGUGUGGGAAGAGCUUCAGUUUUUCCUUCUCCUUGGCCUGCCACCAUCGCAUUCACACAGGAGAAAAGCCACAUCAGUGUUCUGAGUGUGGGAAGAGCUUCACUCGCUCCUCCGGCCUGGCCCAGCACCAGCGCGUCCACACAGGGGAGAAGCCAUAUCCCUGCUUUGAGUGUGGGAAGAGCUUCAGUUAUUCCUCAUCCCUGGCCAAGCACAAGCUCAUUCACACAGGAGAGAAGCCAUAUCAGUGCUCUGAGUGUGGGAAGAGCUUCACCUACCCCUCCCACCUGGCCCAGCACCAGCACAUCCACACCAGGGAGAAGCCAUAUCACUGCUCUCUGUGUGGGAAGAGCUUCACCCAGUCCUCCCAACUGGCCCAGCAUGAGCAGGUCCACACAGGGGAGAAGCCAUAUGAGUGCUCUGAGUUUUGGAAGAGCUUCAGUCAUUCCUACACCCUGGCCCAGCUUCAGCGCAUGCACAAAGGGGAGAAGCCACAUCAUUGCUCUUAGUGUAGGCAAAGCUUCACCUACUCCUGCAGCCUGUGCUGAAAACCAGUGCAUCUACACAGGGAAGAAGCUACAUCGGUGCUCUGAGUAUUGGAAAAGCUUCACCCAUCUCUCCCACCCACCCUGGAAUCAGCACAUCCACACCCAGAAGCAUCUCUAAUUCUGCCAGCCGUGCAGGAAGCCCUGGGAGAUGUCUGCCUGCUCAGCAUCCACCAGUGGUGCAUUCACAAAAGCACCCUCAUCCUGGUGACCUGCAGAAAGAGUUCCCCCAAGCUUUGUCCCUUGUAGAGUCAGUGGAAGUCCAGAUCCCAGACACUGGCCCCCAGUGGAUGGUUGUGGGCUGGCAGGGAAUAAGAGGAAACACUUCAGGCUGAGGUCAGCCCCGAUGUGGGGGGAAGAGACAAGGAGGGGAUGAUCUUUGCUUCAUUCUUGGAUCCCCAUCAUUCUCUAAAAGUACUCCCAGGGGAAGAAGUGCCUUCAUGCUAGGGUGCCUUCUCCGAGACGGCUGACGUGAGAUGACACCUGUGGACUUUCCGUGGCUGCCUCUCAGGUUUCUCCUUCCUCCUGGGCCCGGGGAUCUGGUAGAUGAGCCCCUGAGUUGCAGGGAGGAGUGCAUUUAUGGCUGGGGAAGCAUUACCUAGAAUCGUCCCUGACCUCGCCUUUCCUCACCUCCCCAUCACCCCUCUUCCAGACCUUCCAUGCCCAGUGGGGUCUACAAGGAGCUGCUUCUGCACCUCCAGAUCCUCUUUGGCCUGUCUUGCUUUUCAGCCUCUGCAGAACUGUGCAGCACAGGAUGUGUGCUAUUCCCCUGCCCUCCUCCCCUUCAUUGUAUUUUCUCUCAUGCAUUCCCUGCUACUAAAACCCCAGAAUUGGA